CAGAACACCAGCAGCAGCGUUCUGGAUCUGAUGAUUUUUUUUUUAAGCUGCCUUGUGAAGAUGCUGCUGCAGUAAUAAAUGCAAAGAUAAACAAAUGGAGGAGUUUCUCUAGAUGUUUUUGGGACAUUAGUCCUCUAAUCCUGGAAAUGUUCUUCAGGUGAUAGAAGGCCGACUUUGUAACUGUCUUUAUAUGUAAGUAUCGGCAGAUCACCGAAAAUGAAGAAAAUCGCCACCAAUCAGUGCAGCCCUUUUGAGAUUUCUUCCUGUUGCCCAGAACUGCAAAAAUAACCAGAUUAUUUUUCAAUUCAGUUCAAACAACAAAAAACAAAAAUUAAAAUGAUUUUGCUGCCCUGAAACUGUAAAUAAUGAGAAAGUUGAUAACUGGAUGUUUCCAUUCUUCUUUCUCUGUUUCCUCUGCUUCUGUUUUCCUCCCAGUUAAAUAGAGUUGCAGUCAGUGGGACUAACAGGUGAAGCUGGGAUUGUGGCGCAGGUGUCCCCAGAUUGAGAGCAGAGAGAUGGAGGAUGUUCUCUGCUCUUCAGCUUUGAUUGGGAGACGUGUUUUUAGAAAAAAACUCCUGCAUGAAAGAUAGCAUGCAAUAAAAAAGGAGAGAGAGAGAGAGAGAGAGAGAGAGAGACGGGGGCUUCGGUACAAGCAUCAUUUUCUCCCAUGAGCCUGAGAGGAGAUCGCUGCUCAGCCGCCCUCCCUUUUCAUUUUCUUUCUCUCUCUCCUCCUUGUCUGCUCUCCAGCAGAGGGGAGGAGGGGGCAGCGCUCCUGCUGUGUCGAUGGGUAGGCAGUUACAAACGUUACUAUUUCCAGAGAGUCAGUCAGUGUACACGCUCCACGCGAAGUGGCAAGCCAUCGAGGGAGCAAAAAGAAAAACAAAAGCAAAAACCAGACGCAGAAUUUCUGAGAGGCUUUGGGAAAAGAUGGAGGUGAUGCCCAGGACCCGCCGCUGAACCACGCCAAGCAUCUGACCGGAACGGACACGUCCAAGUCUGGAGGAACUCUCGCAGGGAUCUUGCGAGAAUCUGGACUUUUCCAGGUUUAUUCAAGAGUGGGGCAAGAGUGGGGGGGAAUAAAGGAGCCUGAGAGGCGGAGGAAGAAGGAAAGGAGGAAAGGAAAAAAAGAGAAAUGGCAAGUUUCGGGAAACUCACCGACUACUUUAACCGCCGCAAGUCUCGAGAAGAGCUGCGGGUGGGGAGAAGCUCGCGGCGCAGUGGCAGCUACUGCUGCACGGUGGCAGAGGCCAGGUCUCUGGAAAGGAAGCUGCAGCGACCCCUACUGGCGAAGUCGCGUACUCUCCCCAGCAUUCCCCAGUCGCCGACCGUAUCCAGGGUCCACCACUCGGACUUGAUUGGUGGGAGUCCGCCCCGCAGGAAAAACCCUCCACCUGCCACCAGCCAAUCAAAGGCCUGCACUCUGCCCCCUGCAGGGGAGCUGUGGCGAUUGGAGGACGACUUGGAGGGAGACGACGAGACGGAGCAGAGCAGCAACACUGAGGCCCCCCCGCUCUCCCAGUCGCCGUUCUCCCACUUCCGGGCGCGGGCCGCCUAUCUCCGUAAGAGCAUGUCGGCCGACGACCACCUGGACAUGGGCCUGGACUACAGCUCAGCCAAGACGGCGCGCAGCAACAAGGGCAAGCUCAAGAGGAAAUUUAGUUUGGGCUCCGCAGACCGAAAAGAAAACCAGCAAAAGCGGUCUGAGUCGGGAAUCUCCAAAUUCACUCAUCGUCUCUCCCUGAAAGAGCGACCAGCCAAAGCAGAGAAGACGUCUUCAGAGAGACCGUUGUCCUACAGAAGACGAUCUCUAAGUGUGGACUGCGCCGACUCGGCCAAGAUGACGCAGCCCAUGCGAGGGGACCAGGUCCACCAGCCGGCAUCGGCUCGCAAGUCCGCCAGCCUGUCCUCGCCAAGCGCAGCUCGCCGGCUCUACCGCAACUUGUCUGGAAAGUUUCGUGUGGGCACCAACCCCCCCGCUCUGGAGGACAACGUGGUGUCAGCGCGGGGAGGAGACAAGGAGAGGCUGCGCAAAACCACCGUCUUCCAGAGCAACGAAGCUUUGUUUGAGGCAGUGGAGCACCAGGAACUGGACCUGGUCCAGCUGCUUCUGUCCCAGUACAGCCUGGAGGAGCUGGACCUCAACACGCCAAACAGCGAAGGCCUCCUUCCUCUCGACAUCGCCAUCAUGACCAACAACGUGCCGAUGGCUAAGCUUCUGCUGCGGGCCGGUGCCAAGGAGAGCCCUCACUUUGUUAGCCUGGAAGGCCGGGCGGUGCACUUGGCCACCUUGGUGCAGGAGGCCGAGCAGCGGGUGUCGGAGCUGCAGGCCCAGGUCCGCAGUGAGGGUCCCAGCGAACGGGAGGGGUCCGACCAGGAGAGACAUCUGAAGGCCUGGGAGUGGAGGCUGCGGCUCUUCAGACGCAUGCAGACGGGUUUUGAGCAUGCUAACCCUCCAGAUGCUCCCAGCGUAGUUCUUCUGUCUGUUAGCAGCAGCACCAGUUUACAGGUUGACUUCCACGAACCUGCCUGUGUCAACUCUGCUGUGGUCACCAAGUACAAAGUGUGUUGGAGUGCGGCGCCUUCAUUCAGCCCCAUGCUGGGUGAAAUGAUGGUGGACGAUGCAGCCGUUCCACAGUGCAGCAUCACUGGACUGACUUCUGGAACCCAUUACUAUGUGCAGGUGUCGGCCUACAACAUGAAGGGCUGGGGCCCGCCGAAGGUUUCCACCCCGGCCUGCGCUGCACCGUCCAGCUGGAGGGACGUCGACGGCCACCCUCCGCGCCAGAGAGGCCAGAAGGAGGCGCUGGACCAGCUGCUUGGUCAGAUUAAAGAAGCUCAUCGCCACUGCGCCUGCCAUGAGCAAUGCAAAGCUCCAACACAAGGCAGGAAGCACUCUGUAUCCAAAAGCCUCCGGCAUCUCUUCCAACCCACCAGCAAAUUCGUAAAAAGCCUGAAAAGAGGUCUCUACCUGACCUCCAUAUUCUACAGAGAUGACAACGUGUUGGUGACGCCAGAGGACCAGAUUCCUGUGGUGGAGAUAGAAGAUUCAUACUCCAGCAGCCUAAUGCAGGACUUCCUUUGGUUUACGAAGGUGUCGUACUUAUGGGAGGAGAUAUCCUGGCUCCAGCAAUGUCUCAGUGCCUCUCAGUCCUCUUGUUCGUGUACCUUGCAGACCCGUCUGAAGAUGCUGCAGGCCGUCUCCCAGCUGCAGGGAAUGCUGGGAACGCAGGACCUUGGCCAGGUGUAUUUUGAGCCCAUCAAAGACAAACAUGGCAACGCGCUGCUGGUCCUGCUGAAGGACAUGAACGCCUGCCCCAACCUGGACGGAGUGCGCUGGACGCAGCUUUGUAAACUCCAGCUGCAGCGCAAGUCCAUCUCCUCCCCCGAGGAGCCCACCGCUUUGGACACGCUCCUCAUCACGCUCCACGAGAAGUUGGCCUAUCACAGGCGCAGCAGGAAGCUCCUGUCUCCGGGUUUGUACCUGGGCUACCUGAAGCUCUGCACGUCAGUGGAGCAGAUCAGGGUGCUGGUGCCGCAGAAACUGCCCAACGUUCUCUGUCACACCAAGAUACGGGACAACGCCAACGUGUCCAGAGAGGAGUGGCAGUGGCUUCAGGCGCUCAGCUGUCUGGAUGAAGCUCUGGAAAUGGAUCAGGACGUUCAGAGCGCGCCGCAUCGCCUCUUACACGACCUGCGCGGCGCAGUCAGGGAUCUGAUGGCGCACAUCAAUGUUCCUGGAAACCAGGCUCAGGAUUUCCGGAUCUACAGCCAGGAAGUGUUGGAGUUUGGAGAAAAGGUGUCCUUCCUGCUGCUGCUGCCACCUUCAGAUGAGGUGUGCACGGCUCCCGGUCAGAACCACCCGUACUCCCCCCGGUCCGGACUCCUCACGCUGCCGCUGCAGAUCUUCGAACUCGUCCACUUUAACGCGUACUGCCCCGGUUUCAUCGGCCAGUACUGCAGAGUGUCGGCGUUGCUGGAGCUGGAGUCGCUCAUGUCGCAGCAGGCUCUGCGGGAAGCUUUCUCCGAGGCCGAGCUGCUGGCCGCCAAGAAGAAGCACCAGCAGGUCCAGGAGCAAAUGCAGCAAAUGGAGGAGAUGUGGCGGGACGCCCGGUGGAUCAUGGACGCCCUGCAGUACGCCCGCUACAAGCAGCCCAUAGGAGGAAUCUCCAUCAGCUGGAUCAUAGACUUCUCUAAAGAGGUUCUGCCAGACAAACCGGCCUCCACCUCCUCCCAGCCGGACUUCAUGCCUUCCCCCAUGCCCUCACCAGAACCCUGCCGCAAACACUCAGAUUAUCCCGGUCUGUCAGAUGAAGAGGGUUCCUCUGAAGUCUUCCUCACCACCGACAGCGACUACGACUCCAGCCGGGCGCAGAGCCCGCGUGAGCUGGACCUGCUGCCCCCGUCCCCCCUGUCCUCCUCGGCGCCCCUGGAGCCGCGCGGCUUCCUGCGCAGCGACGGCGGCGGCUCAGGGGGGCUGAGCUGCCCCGGUGCCGGCGGGCACGGCCCCCUGAGGGACUCCACGCCGGACGUCCUCCAGGCCUCAGAGCCUCAGCUGGGGCGGGAAAAGCGGAGGGGCCCGCCGGAGCUGUUCGACAGCGAAUUCAUCCUCCCCAGCAGGCAAAUCGAACUGCUGCACAUCACAGAGAAGAGGCAGGCCUUCUGCGUGAGGACCAGCAGCCUGGAGUUCCCGUCCAGCACGUCGGCCCAGCAGCAGCCGCACCCCCACCGCUCCUCCCCCUCUGCCUCGCCGCAGAGCCGGUGGGACCGGCCGUCGUCGGUGGACCGCUGCUGCUCUGCCGAGCGCUGUGCGCCUCAGCGUCCGCCGGCUCGGACGCUAUCGGAGGACAGCGGCACGCAGAGACUCAACUCGCCGUCGCCGGCCGUGUUCAGGAAGGGCUGCCACGCCACGCUCAGAGUCUACCCACAGUACCGAACGGGUCUGCCCAACGAGACCAGCGUUAAGCUUUGCGUAACUUCGGUCACGACGGCCCGGGAAAUGAUCCAGCUGGUGGUGCAGGAGAUGAACGCGGUGUCCCGGCGCCUGCUGGGCGGCGGCGAGGAGCAGCAGCAGUGUGUGAGCUACGGCCCGGAGCAGGUGAAGCACUUCGGCCUGGUGCUGGUGGUGGACAACAGGGAGAAGUGGCUGCAGGACGACUUUUGUCCCCUGGAGCUGCAGAACCCCUGGCUGCGGGGCAAACUGUGCGUUCGCAUCAAGGACUACUCUCCUCUAGCGCUCAAACACAGCCGGGCCACCACGGUGUGACGCGCCUUCAGGUUUUUAAACCUGCGUUUAAAUCCGUGAAUUCGGCCGUCUUUGUUGUUUUGACUGCAAACUGUGACAUUCUGAGUGUUUUUAUUUUUUCUGAGAAUCUGUUUCUGUGAAAUGUGUUCUCCCAAACAGAAGAGCUUUUUUUCUACGAACAUCAGACCCUCAUAUGGACGCCAAAUGAACGCUCAACAUGAAACAGAGAAAAAGUCUUUUUUUUUCUUCAUGCUGUCAGAAAUUGUUGAGCAGAAGAUUGUGACACUGAGCAAAUCUCACAGUCUGAUGUUUGGCACGGCUGAAACCAGCACUUUGGGCUGCGUGCGUUUCCAAAAUGACUUCAUCAUCAUCAUCGUCACACUACGACGGCAUGUUGGGGACUUUGUAGAAAAAAGGAGGAGUAAAUUUACACCAUAAGACUCCAAAAUGUUCAAAAUAUGCUUGAAAAAACUUUAAGACUUUUGAAAUUCAGAAUCAGAAGAGUUUUCUAGAAAAUUUCUCAGAUUGUUUUGAGGUUGUUUUUUUUUGCCUUUUUUUUUUGGAGCUCUGAAAUUUCUUUGCUUUUUCUUAAAAUUUUGUUAAAUUAACCUAUAAAUUUCUGAAUUUUUUUCAAGAAAAUUUCUGAAAUCCAUCUAAAAUUGUCUGACUUUCUUUUCUAGGAUUUUGUUUUUACUUCUGAAGUUCAGAAAUGUCCAAGAUUUGUUCUACAAAAUUUCUGAGAUUAAUCUCCAAUUUUCUGAUUUUAUUCUUGCAAUUUUUUUUUUUACUUUUCAAGCUCUGAAUAUUUGGUCUAGAAAAUUUUAGGUUAAUUUAAAAAAAUUCAGAUUGUUUUUCUAGCAAAUCUUUUGACUUUUCAAGCUCACACAUCUCCAGUUUUCUCUAGAAAAUCUCUGUGAUCUCAAAACUUCAGUUUUUUGUCAGAAAUGUACUUUUUUUCUACAUAGUGGUCCUAAUUUGCUGUCGUUGCGAACAGAAAAGUCUUUUCCUAUGAGCUUUUUAUGUUACGACUCCCAAAGAGCUUCAGGCUUUGGUUUCCAGAGAUGCAUUAUUGAAACGUGUUCAGAGGUAAAACAUGAGGAAACUUGACCUGUAAGCCGGUCAGAGCCGCUCUUGGUUUCUCCCUUGCCUGGUAUUUAGCAGCCAAGCAGGAAAUAAUGAACAUUGGCACAAAAUUCGGUGGUGCUGUCCUCUCUAAAGUCGACUAGUCUAGCUAAAAUAGAUCCUAUAAACCAGCUGAUUUUCCAAACAAGGAAAAAGAAGCAAUACUCUCCAUUGUGUUGAUUUAAAUUGAAAUAGAUAUCACGCAAACAUUCAUUAGCUGCCAUUCUGGCCCUUUGACCUUUCAUGGAGCAGCUGUAAGUUUCAUCCUGAUCAUGCAUCAGUUGGAUGUUUCACACCUGCUUUGAUUUGAAGGACUUCUUCAUAACUCGCCAACCACGUCUCUGGUUUUGUUGCACUUCACGCUGAGCUCUUCUCCACAUGCAGCAGGAAUGUUUUUAAGGUUUUAGGAGGUUCUGUGUUUCUGCAGAUAAACCAAACUUGGUUUCAUAACAAGCAUUUAAAAGCACGUCACAGAAGACGAGUGAAGGCAAACCAAAGGUUCUCACCUGCGAGGUGAGGCUCUGUAGAAAUUCACUGGCCUGUCUGAAAAACACAUGCACAGGAAAUGUUGCUUGUUUUAGUUUUAUAAGCUUUGUUACACAUUGUCGUAAGAACACAUUUAGACAUUUAGCUAGUCUUCAUUUAGCAUAAAUUCAGACAAAUACAAAAUGCUAAAGAUAGCGGCUAACCUGUUUGGGGUUAAAACCAAAUGGGUCUUCUGGUGUCUCCAAUCUGAAAAAUGUCACAAAGCUCUUAAAACAUCAUAUUUAGCAGUUAUUUCCCCAGAAACUAAAAGUUUUACACAUCAAACAUGGAGGUUGGAGGCGGUGCGCCACCAAAAAUCUUCCUGUCUAAAACACUGACAAUGGAGCACUGGCGACUCGAUACAAAAAUUAUAUUUUAGAACAAAAUUAUUGGUGCUACAAUAAGUUACCCUACUAUCAAAAUGGUAGGAAAAAAAUAUUCACUUUUCUAAGUUGAUCAGAAUUCCUAGGAAAUUUAAUUUUUUUGCAUUUUUAAUAUUUAAAAAUUAGAAACACAAGAGAACAUGCCAUUCCAGAUAUUGAGAUUAGGGACGCACCAAAAUAUCGGUAUCAACAUCCGAUACCAGUCAUUAUUGAACGUAUCGGUCUUGGUCCGAUACAUAAAGCUCAGCCGAUACAACCAAUAUUUAUUUUUUAUUUGUUUCUGGUUGGGUUUUUUCCCCCAACGGUGUCGAAAUGGUAGUGAAAUAUGCAUAACAUUGGUAAAUAUCGGUUAUUGCUCAUAACGGUAAUAUUAUCAAUAUUGGCCCAAUUUUUUUGCAUCGGUGCAUCCCUGAUUCAGAUGUUCAUAUAUGUCAGAUAACUGUAACAAAAUUGAUAACGUGAAACAGUUAAAACAGAUUAAACUGAGAAAAAAAGUUUAAUUAGAAGCAAAAUAAAUUGUCCAACCACAGAAAACAAGGGAGAUGGAAAAAGAUGUAAAUAUAUAUAUGGUACAAAAUUGAUUCCAUAUGUUUGAUGCUUAAAAAGAAAGCAAAAAAAAGCUUGUUAGCUCUCUGAUCACGAUGGAAAGAGAAAAAAAAAUUGAAGUGUAAUAAAAGUAUCUACUGUUACCUUCUCAGAUGCAUUUUUUAAUUUAAUUCAAAUGACUUUAGUUAUGAGUUUUUAUGUUCCAGAAACCACAGUAAGGUAUUAAUGAAUAUUUGUUUACAGUUCUGGCUACUCUAACAGAUCUUCCUGCACAAAAGCGAAGCCUCGUAAACAUUCCCUUUUUAAAAUAUUACAGAAUUAUGUUACAUUUCCCAUUUCAUCUUUCAUUUUCUUUGACUAUUUUUGCACCAGAUGAAAUUAUUUUCUGCUCCAAAAUUUUGCCUGCAGGCUCAGCAGCAUUUAUUACUGUAAAUAAAAACGAGUACAAUGUAGCAUCGAGUUUAUUGAGUUUACUGACUCGGUUACUGUAGCAUGUUGAACCUGCUAGCGGGGCGCUAACAGACGCGUCCUCACUGUUUACAGAGCUGACCUUUCUUACACAUUCACAGACAUGUUUUACAUGUAAACUGCUGUAUAAAGAUGUUCUAAUGCGUCGUAACUGGUUUUACUGAUGGCUCCAGCUCUCGUGUUAGCGGCUAGAUGUCCUCUUUAUUCGUGUUUUUGUUUUUUGUUUUGUUUUUUUACGACGGCCAUCUGCAAAGACAAAUGACUCAAACUGAACCGAGGAGAUCAGGGGAUGAAUGUACUGUAUCUGCCCUCAAUGUGAAACUAACCAGAGAGUUGGGGGGGGCUGUGACCACUGGAGAUGUCAAAAGUCAGUGACAUUACGGGCUCUGAAAUGAGGGGAAAAGAAGGUUUUGAGUUUCCUUUCUGGUGUGGUAAAAAUACAGCCCUGUGUUUACAAGGAACUGUUGGUGGAUCCAUCAGGCAAAGUCAUGAAGGAGACAUCACGUCACUUUUUUAAAAUUUAUUUUUAUUGAACAAUAAAUGAAUAUUACAAAAUAAAA